ACAAUUUUUGGAAAUUUCCACGGCAGCAUGGCAAAUCAAUUUAAGGCUCAAGGUGCUGAGGCCAUAACACCUGAAUUGGCAAUGGAAUUAAGGCAAUUGGUAUUUGGCACCUCUGCCAUACCCAUGCGGGCCGAAUGGACCCAGACCCCAUUUACUUUUGGUUCACCCAAGGAGGAAUAUGCCUAUGGUUUGAGAAGUCCACGUAAUGCCACAAGAGGAUUAUUGUCCGUUGUGCAGGGAUUUGUGGUGAAAAAUCUGCUAUUCGGACGGAAGACUACAAGGGCAGCAGCCAUGGCAGACCCCUUAUCCCCCACAUCUGAUAUGCAAAGAGAUGCCCUGGUCUCAGCCCUAAUAGAAAUUUUAAGAAUUAUUGCCGAUAAAGACAAGGUCGUAAUGGUAUUACCCUCUCCCGAUGAUGAGUGUUUUGUGGACCACAGUGCAUUGUAUUUUCGUGAUGGCGUAACGGAAAAGCUUUAUAUUUUCACUUUAAAUCAAAAUGAGGAAUUGGAAUUUUUCAUUAAACGGAAUUAUAAAAUUUUUACCGAGGAAGCCUCACCUGGAACCCUACUCUUCUUGUACAGUGCCGUUUUGACACGCACAAUGGGAAGAGUUCGCAGCGAUUUGGAUUCCACCAAGACUGUCCCGCUAACCAUGAGCAACAAUGAGGAGGGCUCAUUGAUGAUUGUGACCCUGCUGCUGACUGGUAGAGCCACGCCAUAUAUACACAAUGGGGUGGUUAAUGUGGGCGAUGAAAAUAGUUAUGCCGUUCCCCAAUAUGGAGUCCUUAAUCGCUGUGCCAUUGGUCUCAUGCUCUGGGAGGGUGAAAGUGGUCAAAGCAACUUGGUGGCCCGCCAGCCAGGUUCCCGUCUCAAAACACCCAAUUACCCCAUUUGGAUAACCCUCUGCGCCGGGCACUUUGGUGUUAUGUUUAAUCGUAACCCCGAUCUCUUGCGAAAUUAUCAUGCCGAAUCACGUUUCGAUCUCUACUACUACAGCUGUUCGGGUCGUGAAAUUCUUAUGACAAUCGAUAAUCGUUCAUACAAUGAUCAGGCAACGGGUAUGCUCGAACGGCAAAUGUCCACAACAGAAACAACAUCUCUCUCGGGUAAACCCAAAGAUGAUAAAGAUGAAAUUAAGGAAGAACUGGCCGUAAAUACUCCGCUGCAAAAAUUAAUACACACCAAAUGGGAAGAGGCUCAGGUGCGUUUCCAUGCCCAGCCAACGACAUUGAGUUAUUUGUUUAGCACACAACAGUAG